UUAUCAUGUUCUCUAAGUGAAUCACAUAACCACUUGUAGCCCAGAAGGAUUUCACUUCAGACAUUCUCUCACACACUCACAUGUACUUUCUUUCUUUCUCUCACCCUGUUUUCCAAACAUUUUGUGUCUCUCACUAAAUGAAUGAUUAAAAGCAAUACCAAUCUGUACUUUUGAGGCUAAAGUCACUGAAAAAUAUUACUUCCUUCCCUUUUUGACUAUUACUUGGAAAGAGAAAUAUUCCAGCAUAAGCGGCAACACAAGCAAACGAGAAGUAACAAAAUGUCAUUCAAGGUACUGAUUUUGGCUGUUUUGAUUUCAACUGCAUUGGCAGGACAAUGGAAUAGCCUAUGUGCUGGAAAUCCUUCUAAUACUAUCAGGAGUUGUGAUAAACAUGGAUGUGGACAUUAUGGUGCUUCUAGUAGAGGCCAACAAAUGCACGAUGGAGUGGAUGUAGAAUGCGCAGAUGGAUCAACUGUGUUUGCCCCUUUCACUGGAAAGAUUAUUCGUCAAGUAAAACCUUAUAGCAAAAAUAAUGCAAUUAAUAAUGGCGUACAGUUAUCUGGAGGAGGUUUCUGUGUCAAAAUAUUCUACAUAAAACCAGUUAAAUAUAGUGGUUCUAUCAAAAAGGGAGAAAAACUAGGAGUUCUAUUGCCUGUACAGAAGGUUUAUCCUGGUAGCCGGUCACAUGUACACAUCCAGAAUUGUGACCUGAGUGAUCCUACUGGUUAUUUGUAAAUGGAAAGAUGAAGACAAACUUAAAGGAACAACAGCAGCAGCUUAUUAAACUUUUCCCCCUGCAAUCUAUUUGCUUUUCACUGAACUCAUGGUCAUAUAAGAAGCUGGGCAUAGUGCACCAAUGUUUUGUUCACUUGAUGUUGGGAAAGACAUUUUUUCCCCUAUACUUUCUAUCCUAUUUAUUUUCCACAGACGGGAUUUUGGGUACCUUUCCUUUACUCUUUCUUAUUUUUUCCCGAGGCAUAUCUGAAAUAAAUAUACUCACCACACUUUA